AUGGCUGGCCUGCUCGUCUCACUGUUCCUUCUGGUGUUCCAGACCUUAGCCGCCCCUCAGGAAUUUGUCCCGGUGACACCCGAUUUGGACCUAACAGACCCUGUUUGGGCCAACGGGACUGUGGCUCCCUCCAUGGUGCCCCCUCCAGGCACCAGCCAGCGGAUGCCCCACAGCAUCAUCAUUGGCGUACGUAAAGGGGGCACGCGGGCGCUGCUGGAGAUGCUGGACAUCCACCCUUCUGUUGCGGCAGCGGCCACCGAGGUGCACUUCUUCGACUGGGAUGAGAACUACGCACGGGGCUUCGACUGGUACCGCGGUCAAAUGCCCUGGUCCUACCCUUACCAGAUCACCGUGGAGAAGACGCCAGGUUACUUCACAUCCCCGCUGGCGGCCGAGCGCAUCCGUGCCAUGAACGCCUCCAUCAAGCUACUGCUGAUCCUCCGCGAUCCGGUCGAGAGGGUCAUUUCGGAUUACACGCAGGUUUACUUCAAUCGCCUGGAGGCCCGGAAGCCAGUGCGGCCCAUUGAGGACCUCUUGAUCCGUGGUGGGUCUUUGAACACGCGCUACAAGGCCAUCCAGCGCAGCCUGUACCACCUGCACAUGCGCAAUUGGCUGCAACACUUUCCACUAGAACAGAUCCACUUGGUGGAUGGGGAUGCGCUGGUGAGGGACCCGCUGCCCGAGUUGAGGCGUGUGGAGCACUUCCUCGAUCUGCCAGCACGCAUCGACUCCUCCAACUUCUACUUCAACCAGACUAAGGGGUUUUAUUGUAUCCGUAGUGACGGGCAAGAACGAUGCCUGCAUGAGUCCAAGGGUCGGCUGCAUCCACCUGUCAAUGGCACUGUGCUGAGACAACUUCGGGCGUAUUUCCGCCCCCACAAUCGCAGCUUCUACAAGCUGGUGGGACGCUCAUUCCACUGGCAAUGA